AUGACCUCUUCCUCGGUCCCAGCUACAACCCCACUCCUCCCCUCUCCUUGUCCUCUAUGGAACGAACACUCCAAACCAGAAGUUGUAGUCACUCCAAGGGCUCGUCUCCUCCCCUCACUACUUCUCCUCUCCCCACUCCUACCACUGGCAUUGGCUCUUCUGCUUCAAGCUCCCCUCUGCAAUCGCGAGUUUAACAACUCCCUCUCAGGACGACGCAAUUGCCUCUAUGGCUGUCGACGAGGAGGGUUUUGUAGAAGUAAAAACAAAUAGAAAGGCAACUAAUAAAAAACAACGACCUCAAAUCAGUGUUUUGUUUUAACACACAGUCCACUAUUCAUUCCUAUCUGUGCUUAUACUAUUUGUGUUUAUAUUUCGAUGAAUAUGUGUGUGUAUACAUCUGUAUGGUUUGUAUAUGAGUGUGUAUUUAUGUGUAUGUGGGUGUUAUGUUAUACAUUCAUGUGUU